AUGAGACACUGGAACCUUCGAGAGGCACUAGACUGGCUCAUCCAGGUGCGGCACUGUGCCAAGACUUCGACACUGUCCGACAAUCUCUGCAAGCCGUUUCACAAUGUUGCUCAUGACGUUGAAAGAUAUCUGCCGCCUCGAACCGCAUCAGAAGAGCCGUCAGCCUGCGAUGUUAUUUCACGAUUGUCAACGUUACAAGGCUCUGCUCCGGAAGACUCUGCGAAUCCUAAUAAGAACAUUAUACAUAAUCUCUGUGCCUCCGCUGCCAGCCUAUUAGGUUAUCGAUCUCCUGGGACCUACGACGGUUCCGGGAUUGUGUACGGCAACGCCUUGCGUCUGUGCGACGCCAUCCUGGCAUUCUUGUAUGCCGUGCUCAGCGACGUCCAUGCUAACCAGCCGUACGUUGCUGGUAAAUAUCUAUUGUAUGAUGUUAUUGUGGAGAUAAAAUCCCAACUAUGGCGUGGCCGCAAGGGGUUUCGCCAAGUCAUCCCCAAGGUGGCCAAUGACCUUGAGAGGUACAACGCCGCUGUCAAGGCUUCGAACGAGAAGGUCAAGAAGCCGAUUGAGACCGUGUUGCAUUACGUGAAACCAGAUGGUGAGUUGCAUAAAGGUAUACAAGCUUUGCAGAUAACGGAAACAUCGACGUCCACUCAAGAUGAGAGAACUGUGGAGUCCGCUGUAUCCCUGGUGGAGGGGUGCAAAGAGGUUGCCGGGGUGUUUUCUAAAGGCUUGACGGCGGCAACCAAUGCCAUAAAUGACCUGAACCCCAAGCUGAAGAGAAAGCUUUAG